AUGCCCCCGUCCCAGAGAAGGAGACGUCCGGCCGAAGACGAGGAAUCGGAGGAAGAUGCCCCGCCUCGACAACGCCAGAAUCGUGGUCACUCGGAUGAUGAGCCCGAUUACGAUUCCGGGGAUGGCGUGGAUGUUGACGGUGACCGAAAUCACAACGCCGACAAUCAGUUGGCCAAGAAGUUGGUUCGAUACGCCCUUUCUUGCGAAUAUUCUCGGACGGCGAUACGGAGGGAUGGAAUCAAAGAGAGGGUUCUCCUGAACCAAGGCCGUUCCUUCAAACGGAUAUUUGCUCUGGCACAAACACAGCUUCGAGCCGUCUGGGGCAUGGAGCUUCGAGAGUUGCCGGUCCGAGAGAAGAUGUCACUGCAAGAAAAAAGACAAGCGAUGAACUCGCACUCGCAGGUUAAAACUGGCUCCGGAUCGUACAUCCUAACGUCGACACUACCAGCGGCGUACCGCACCGCUGCCAUUAUCAAGCCAUCAAGAACGCCGAGCGCAGAAGAGGAAGCCUCAUAUGCUGCCUUCUACACUCUUGUUGUUUCCUUGAUAUGGCUGAACGCUGGCGAACUGAGCGAACAGAAGCUCAAGCGAUACCUCAUGCGCCUGAAUGCGGACCAAAACUUUACCAACGAAAAAACAGAAGUAACGCUGAAGAAGAUGGAGAGGCAAGGUUACGUGGUGAAGAAAGUUGAACGGCCUCCAAUCGGGCAUGACGGAGACCACACCAUCACUUGGCACGUAGGACCGCGGGCGAAGGAAGAAGUCGGGCUCGACGGCGUCAUGGGAAUGGUGAGGGAAGUAUACGACGAAUGGAGCCCGGAUAUGGAGAAGAAGCUACGUGCCAGCUUUGGAAUGAAGGCAAGGCAAGGAGCAACCGGCGGAGGGGGCGAGAACGGAACGGGGGAAUAUGGAAGCCCAGCCGGUGGUGGCGAAGGCAAUGGCGAAGACUAG